AUGGAGAAGAUCGAGCACACGACGGUUUCCACGAAUGGCAUCAACAUGCAUGUGGCUUCGAUCGGUUCAGGUCCAGUGAUCCUCUUCCUCCACGGAUUCCCUGAUCUCUGGUACUCAUGGCGCCACCAGCUUCUCUCUUUCGCUGAGUUAGGUUACCGCGCAAUCGCUCCGGAUCUUCGAGGAUACGGCGAUUCCGACGCGCCACCGUCUCCUGAACUGUACACCGUAUUUCAUAUCGUCGGAGACCUCGUCGGAUUGCUGGAUUCACUCGGCGUUGACCGGGUUUUCCUCGUCGGCCACGAUUGGGGAGCAAUCAUCGCAUGGUGGCUCUGUAUGAUCCGGCCUGAUCGAGUCAAAGCGCUGGUCAACACAAGCGUCGCAUUCAAUCCGAGGAAUCCUUCUGUGAAACCUGUUGAUGCGUUGAGAGCUUUAUUCGGCGACGAUUACUACAUCUGCAGGUUUCAGGAGCAUGGAGAGAUUGAAGAAGACUUUGCUCAAGUAGAUACAAAGAAGUUAAUAAGCAGAUUCUUCACUUCGCGUAGCCCACGCCCACCAUGCAUUCCAAAGGCAGUUGGUUUCAGAGGUUUACCUGAUCUACCUGCUUUGCCUGCUUGGUUCACCGAGCAAGACGUCACUUUCUAUGCAGACAAGUUUAACCAAAAAGGCUUCACCGGUGGACUAAACUACUAUCGUGCUUUAAACAAAAGCUGGGAGCUAUCGGCGCCAUGGGCCGGUCUACAGAUCAAGGUCCCUGUGAAAUUCAUAGUUGGUGAUCUAGACAUUACGUACCAUAUCCCGGGAACAAAGGAAUUCAUACAUGGAGGUGGUUUGAAGAAACAUGUUCCGUUUCUACAAGAAGUGGUGGUAAUGGAAGGUGUUGGUCACUUCCUCCACCAAGAGAAGCCCGAGGAAGUCACUGAUCAUAUCCAUGGCUUCUUCAAGAAAUUCUGA